CCCACUAACUCGCACAAUAUUCCAGCAGCAAUUGUGCAUUGCUGGAUUGUGCUGUGCAGCCCACCAGAGCUUCUUCAGAUAAAUUGAUCUAACAUGCUUCUCUCUCUCUUUCUCUGUCCCUCUCCUAAUCCAUAACAAACAAAACCUGGUUCUCUUUUUAGACAAAUAUAGAGAGAAAGAGAGCGCACAUAGGUCAGCAUAGCCAAACCAAAACAAAACAACCCAAAUAUUUUAAACUCAAUAAACAAAAGAUUUUUCUUUUGUUUUUUUUUUUUUCUCAUUUUCUUUUUCUUUUCUUCCUAAUAAAAUAGAAUAUACCAUCAUUCAUUAAAAAAAUUCUAUACCCAUUCAUUAUCGGCAAACCCAAAAAGGAAAGUAAAAGUUAUAAUUGUUGCUUCAUUACUCAUUAGAACAGCAAAACCCAAUUCAUCUUUCCCUCUAAUUUUGUUUCUUUCCUCAAUGAAAAAGGAUUUUUCUUUUUGUUUCUUGUAUCGUAUUGCGUUUUAUUAUCUUGCCCUCUGAGUGAAGAGUAAUUCUGUGAUUACUAUUGUUUCCUGUUUAUGUAAUUAUUGUUUAUUUUGGAGUCAGAUCUAAAGUGGGUUUUUGGAAAUUUCAUAUUUUUGCUUCUGGGUCAUUGCCUAUUUGGUAAUUUCACUUUUGGUUGCAAGUAUAAGCAUUUGGUGCCCAUUUCGUCAGAUUCUAAGUUCUGUUCUCAUUGAUUACUUAGUUGUACGGAUUUCAAAUCUUUAUAGAUCUGAUGAUGUGAUUUUUCAAUCCCCUUUCUUGAAAUUUUAUCAGCUCCAAUCCUUACCUGAAAAAUAAGUCCUUUCUUGAAUUUAGAAGAAGGAAAUAAAGGAAUGGAUGUAGAUGAUUUUCGAUCUAUUUUAGAGAGUUCAGGCGUUGACGUUUGGACUUUCAUAGACACAGCAAUUGUGGUUGCAUCUUUGGAUUUUGGAAAUGAGUUAAAGCAAAGGAGAGAUAAGAUUGUUGAAAUGUUAUAUUCAUCUUCUGGGAGGUGUAGGAACUGUGAUCUUGAUGUGGGUAGGAUUAAUAAUGGCCAUGAAAUUAAAGAAAGAAGCCACCUUGAAUCAAAAGGAGGUGGUGGAGGUGGAAGUGGGUCACCAUCAACAACUCCAAGGUCAAUUCAUGGUGAUGAAGAUGUUGAUGUUGUUAACGACGACGACGAUGAUGAUGAUGAUGAUGAUGGAUUGGAUCCAUAUGCCGGAUUGUUUGAUGAUGAACAGAAGAAGAUUUUAGAGAUCAAGCAACAUCUUGAAGAUCCUGACCAGUCUGAAGAUUCUUUGGUUGAUUUGCUUCAAAGUUUGGCAGAUAUGGAUAUAACCUUCAAGGCACUCAAGGAGACUGAUAUAGGAAGACAUGUGAAUCAAUUGCGAAAACACACCUCCAAUGAUGUUCGGAGAUUAGUGAAGCAACUUGUCAGCUUGAUUCAUUGUUUGGUAACCAGGAAAUGGAAAGACAUUGUAGAUGAAUGGGUGAAGUUGAAUCCACCAGGACAGCAUGCAUCCUCUGGUCUAAUGGCUGAUGGGGACUCCCCACGGCAGAAAUUUCCGCAGAAUGGUCAUCACCAGGUUCCUGAUUUUGCAUACUCUCCAAAUCCACAUAAUGGGAGUUCUGGGUCUGACAAGAAUAAUUCAGAACCAGAACGAAGGCCAAAACCGGUCCCUCGAAAAGAAGCUCCACCAAGACCUGCCCAACAGUCAGUUCCUGUAUCUGCAUCUGCUUCUCAUAUUGUACAGAGACAGAGAGAGCAACAAAGAGAGAAUAAUUUUGAUUCGGAUAGGCUAGCUUCUGCAAGGAAGAGGCUUCAAGCGAAUUACAAAGAAGCUGAAAAUGCCAAGAAGCAAAGGACAAUUCAAGUGAUGGACAUUCAUGAGCUACCAAAACCCAAGAAUAAGAAUACCUUCUUUGCAAAGAACAAAGGUGGUGGUUCUCAGGGGAGGCACUGGUGAUUUUGGCGGAGAAUGAGAGUGAGAGAGAGAGCACAUUAAUACAAAGGGAUCCAUGGAGGACACAGGAAAACCCUGAGUCCAGUUUAUCCUUUUUAUAUUGUUUUUUAAAGGGGGAAAAACAUUUUGCUCUAAUUUUCCUUGUGGUUAAAAAGAAGAAAACUUUCAACAAGCUCCUUGGUGCAUAGAGUUUUGAGGUUCUCAUUGGCAGGGA